AUGAGUAGUAGUACAAACACAAAGAAUAUUUCUUCCAAACCGAUCAAAAUAAAUAAAUGGGACACAAAUGCUUUGAAAAAUGCAUUAAAUGAUGCUUGCAAGAAAUAUUUUAAAGAGACUCUUAAUUAUACAGAAGAUUACUCAGUUAUGGAUCGUCGUCUCUAUAUUUCACUGAUUUCAUGCUUGUUCUCAUUAUAUGCUCUUAUCUACGAUUGGUUUAAUCCAUUUCCAAAAUCUCGUUCAGUUCUCAUUGCUUGUGUUGCAUCCUAUUUCAUUAUCGCUGGCAUUCUGACGUUUUAUAUGCGGUUUAUUGAAAACGGUCGAUUUUUUACUGGUAAACUUAUUGAUAAAACUGGUAUUGAUCCUGGGCAAAAAUGUAAAAUUAUUUCAAAGUUGAAAAAAUAUGAUGAUAUAUACAAUUUAACUUUGGAAUAUUAUGAUGGUACAAAUACAUCAACGAGUUCAGUAGAGGUGCUAAAAAAAUCAGUAGGAAAUUAUUUUGAUGAAAAUGGCGUUUUAUGUUACGAUAAAUAUAUAAAUGAUUUGAAAAAGAUCUAUGAUCAAGCACGAUCCAAUGCUCGUAAAGUUAAAUAA